AUUGGUCAGUGAAGCAAACUCCGCCCCUUAGCGGAAGUGUGGUAGAUCGUUUUUAGUGAAAAGGAGCAAACCAGGUGUGUGUGUGUGUGUGUGUGUGUGUGUGGUUCCAGCUGAGUUCUGGUCUGUUUGUGAUGGACGUGGACAUCGUGGAGUUUGUGGUUCCUGUAGAAAACAACAAGACUGUGCUGGUGUGGAACAUCGAACCUCUCACUGAAGCUGAAAUCAAUGAUAGAUUGUUUGCUGUCUUCUCAUCCUUCGGUCCUCUCUACCUGUUGAAGUUGACUCCUAAUGCUUGGCCCCGCCCCCACGGUUUCUCCGCCCUUAUUAAGUUCUACUCUGGUGUCCAGGCAGCGGAGGCUCAGCGUGAGACUGACGGAAUCUUGCUCUUCAACUCUCAGCUCAAGGUGAGGCUGAGCUCCAAACAGACGCCUCACUUCCUGUGUAACAGCAGCAAACCUCUGAGCCACUCCCACUGCCUGGAACUGGCAAAUCACUUCCUGGGAUUCAACGGCUGGACCUCUGACAUCAUCACACUGAAGGAGCUCACAGAUGAAGACGAUGUCCGAGGUGAAGAGGGCGGAGUCAACGAGAGGAGGCUGCGGUUUGGCUGCGUGUUGCAGCUCUCCUUCCCCCACCAUGGAAAGACCACCAGAGGAGGCGCUGUGGUGGAGGACACCUGCACAGAUACAGUGUUACAGAGUCGCAGUAAACUGCUGAAGCGUGUCAGAGACAGAGCUCUGGUUCAGGCCUUCUCCAACGUCCUGCUGAUUUUAUUAGGAAACGGUAAAGUGAUGGUGGAGGUUAAACAGACAUCGGAGCAGUUUGUCCCUGAGCAGACAGAGGGCGUCGUUCAGGUGAAUCACUUUGAUCCAGACGAAGGUGAUGAUGAGUGGGAUCUGACGGUGUCAUAGAUGCAUUUUUCAAAUAUUUCAGCACCACCCCCAGUGACACAGCCUCAGGUGCUCCUGUCCCGUCUACCUCUGCACAGCCCAGUGACACAGCAUCAGGACUAAAGGCUGCACCUAUAGACCCUGCUGACUUGCCAUCUCUUCUUACAGACAAAGUAAGAAGAGAGUUAGUUCACAGAGGACCAUUUCAAACAAAAAACAGUUACACAUUUCCCCAAAACAACGAUGGGAGAAGGUGUCAACGUGACUUUUUUAAAAGAGUCUUAGUUAAUGGGGAAGAAAUCAAAAGGAGCUGGCUGAUGUACUCCAAAAAGAAUGAUAGCUUGCACUGUUUUUAUUUGGUGUGAUAUUUUUUACUCAAAGAAAUAAAAUCUUGAAUACACACAUGCAGUUUCUGUGCGAUUGUAUGAAAGUUGAUUGUGAAAUUGACUGCU